AUGGUGAGCAUGCCUAAGACCCACCAGCCAUUCUGCAAGAAAUGUGGGAAGCACCAACUCCAUGAGGUGACACACUACAGGAAGGGCAAGGAUUCUUUGUAUGCCCAAGGAAAGUGGCAUGAUGACAGGAAACAGAGUGGCUAUGGUGGGCAAGCUAACCCUAUAUUCCGCAAAAAGGCUAAAACUACAAAGAAGGUUGUGCUGAGACUGGAACGCGUUGAGCCCAACUGCAGAUCUAAGAGGGUGCUGGCUAUUUGA